AUGAAGGAGGCCGACGGUUGGACUUUAAAUGUUAAAAUUAAAGUGGAAAAGGAUCCAACUCUCAGUGCAACAUUGGGAUUGAAGACGAACAUAAGCUCUUAUUUGAAUGCUGAGAUCGUUCCUGGUGUAUAUUCUGAUGAAAAACCACCAUUUGUGGUGGAACUUGAUGGAUCUCAUCCUUUCUACACGCUCGAUGCAUAUGAGGAGUUUUUUUUUGGCUCUAAUGCUGGCAAUAUCAUUCUAUUUGGGAAGGAAGAAAAUAUUUAUCUCAAGGAAGAACAUAUUUAUCGCAAGGGUAUUCUUGUCAUUUGUUCGUUGUCUUUUUUAGGGAGGAACCCUAAAACUGAUAAAGAAGAAAAUAUUUAUCCGAGGGUAUUCUUGUCAUUUGUGCUUAACAGACCAAAUCCACAAGUCAUUGUGUCUUGGAACGGACUUGUAGUUUCAUCAUUUGCUAGAGCAUCCAAGAUCCUCAACAACGAACCUGAUGUAACAAAAUUCAAUUUUCCUGUUGCUGGAACUGAUCCACAGGAGUACAUGCAGGUUGCAAAGAGAUCUUUGGUGUUCAUAAAGGAAAAUCUUUACGACUCCCAAUCUAGAAGGCUGCAACACAGUUUCAGGAAAGGACCUUCAAAAGCUCCAGGAAUCUUGGAUGAUUAUGCAUCAUGAUUUCAGGGUUGUUAGAUGUGUAUAAGUAUGGUCGUUAGAUUUCAUGGUUAUCCUGGGCAAUUGAACUUCAAGAAACACAAGUAUUCCAUCUCCCGAACUCUGUUAUUAUAUAUUUCUA